CGCGGUGACGUCAGCGCCGGGGUAUAAAAGCGCGGCGUGGCGGGCGGGGCGCUCUUUCUGCGGGAGAGCGGCGGAGGGGCAGCAUGCCGCCGCAAAAGGACAGGAAAUCUAAAAAGUCAACUUGGAAGUUUUGCCUUGACUUGACCCAUCCUGUGGAAGAUGGAAUCUUUGAUUCUGGGAAUUUCGAACAGUUCCUAAAGGAGAAGGUUAAGGUCAAUGGAAAAACUGGAAACUUGGGCAACACCGUUCACAUUGAACGUCUGAAGAACAAGAUCACAGUGACAUCCGAGAAGCAAUUUUCUAAAAGGUACCUAAAAUACCUCACAAAGAAGUACCUCAAGAAGAACAAUCUGCGCGACUGGCUUCGCGUCGUUGCGUCUGACAAGGAGACGUACGAACUGCGCUACUUCCAAAUCAGUCAAGAUGAAGAAGGAUCAGAGUCUGAGGAAUAAUUGAAGCUCGGCUUUAUACUCAGUGCAGUGUACAAAAGGCUAGAACAUCUAUUUAUAAGAACACUUAACUUAUUGGUGAAUAAGGAUUUUGUACCCUGUUUGACAGCAUGGUUAGUUUUCUAGCCUUUUUUUUUAAGUUCUAAUUAAAAACCAGCAUGGGAAA